CGUGACAACCGCGGAAUUCAUUGUUUGUUAUUGCGUGCGUGUAUUGCUAUGCUGAAAUUUCAGCUUCACUGGUUGAACGAAGGUAGACAAUAUAUGUCGCAAUAAGCCGCUGGACGCCGUAUGAUACUUUAUCUGAGAACACUACAAGAAAUUUCUCAGUCGUUUUCGACUCUACAUACAAGAAGAUCGUUUCUCGAUCCGCUAAUCACGAGAUGAAAUAUUUGUCUUUCUUCGUUUUACUCCUCUCGCUUCAAGACCAUUCCAAAGGUAAGUACUUUGACGAAACAAAAUUGCUUCAAAGCGCAAAGUAAGCGUAAUUUAUUAUUUAUCAAAGAUGUCCAGUGAAGCUUCACGCCUGUCUUGGCGAACAAUUUCCAUAUUCUACAUCAUAAGCUUUGUUUGAGUUUCAAAACCAAGUUCAACUAUUCUCUGAAAUCUCAACAAUCUGAACUUUGUUCACAGAUCUGGUAGGUUAGGGUGUUAAUUUGACAGUAGCACCACGAAGGAAUCAUAGAAUUGAAGUAAAAUUAUCACUGGAUAUUGCGACAUAGCCAUUUUGUUAAAGUUUCCUUUCCUCCUCGCUUCAGCGACUCAAUCAAUACGAAAAGCGUUCCCUUGGCAUUUGGCUUCCUCUCACGCUGUUCAGAGAAUCAGCUGGUAAACUGAAAAACAGGAAAUCAUCUCCAAAACGUGAAAAACCUGAACUUAAUUAUAGAUAAUCGUCUGAACCAAUUAUGUGUCAAAAAUUCCUACUGUAAACUGAGAGAAGCGAGCAGAAUUUGUAAACAAAAAUCCCCCUAAACCAUUGAAAUAUUGAAAAUUACUCUUAUAUUUCCAUACUCGAAAUCCCACUACACGAUCAAAUAUUUAUUGACAAACAAUUAAGUUUUGUGUCUCUGGGACAGAAGUAUAUUAAAUUUCUAUCCUAUGACCAAUUCACUACAGAAAAACGUGUUCAGCUUAAUCAGAAAAUUAAUUAGAAAAACUGAAAGGCUUAAUUUUUCACAGGGUUCAAGUAAUCACUAACUUGGAUUUUUAUUGCGCUAAAUUUCGAGUCGACAAACGUCAGUUUAACCAGCUUCUGUCAAGGAAACAAUUUCAAACAGUGUUUCAGUCUCCAUGAGGAAUUGAACCUCAGACCUACGGAUUCAGCGCUCCCACGCUUCACCACUGAGCCACAGAGACUCUUCGGUGAGCGAGGUCUAUUACGAGGUUCAUUCGACGCGCGUCCUGCAUACUGCUAGAAUCAGCGAUGUCGUUAACGUCAUGUUUGUAAAUAGAACAAGAAAGAUGGCGGAAAAAAGGGUUAAGGAACGGGUGUUAGGGCAGGUAUUCUCACAACAUGGUGAGAAUUUUUGUACCAAAUAAAACCAGGUAAUUUAUCGAAGAUUAAUUUUCGAGGUCGUUCAACCUGGUCAUUUUUCGAAGGUCAAUUAAAUAAAGUAGAUUUCGUUUGAAAUUAAGAAAAUUUCGGAAUAAAAAAAUGUCUUGAGAACAGACGGUCAGCUUUAAGCUCGGUAAAGAAAUCGAGAAAGACGUUCUUCUUCUUGUCACGAGCGUGGGAUAAAGGAAAAAUUCUAAGUCCCUAUGAGUUAAAACGUGUUUUAGAUAAUAACGAUUCGUUCGCCUCCUUCCGCCUGUGUGUGUGUUUUUCACAUUCUGGCCGAGUGCCAAGAACGCAAACUAUACUCAUUUUCUUUUUUCCCUUUGUACAGCCUCUAAAGUCUGCUAUGGUAAAUACGGAUGCUUUUCAAGCGACCCUCCAUUUGACAAGUCACUCAUUUUACUACCCUCUGAUCCUGAUUCGAUCGGUACGAAGUUUAUCCUGCACACCAAAACGAACGCACAAAGUAACCUAGAAAUCCUCAAUACAGACAACAACACCUCAAUCGUUAACUCUACGUUUGACCCUUUGCUAAAAGUGAAGUUUAUUGUGCAUGGAUAUACCCAGAAUGGAGAGAGUGCCUGGGUAAAAAAGAUGGCGUCGGAGCUUUUAAAAAAAGAGAAGAUGAACGUGAUUGUGGUCGAUUGGGGACUAGGGUCUAGUGUCAUGAAUCUUUAUGACAUAGCAGCCGGAAACACGCGGCUUGUUGGAGCACAGGUAGCUGAUUUAAUCGACGUAUUGCACCGGAAGUUCAAUGUGGCGCUGAACAAGUUUCAUAUUAUUGGACACAGUCUUGGCGCACAAGUAGCAGGUUUUGCCGGAGAAAGACUGGUUAAGAGCGGAAAAAUUAUUGGGCGAAUUACAGGUAAUACGCAAAAUCGUUUCACCUGGCUUGGAUUGUUAAGAAGACUCUAAGAUUGUAAUAUAAGCAUUUAUUUCUCUGAUUCAGGGCUAAAUUUUUAAGAAACUAAAAAGGUCACGGAUAGAUUCAAGUCUUUUGAAGAUUGCAUAGUGAUUUGCGCUUAAACAUUGUCAGUUAAGAUACCUGGACUCCAGGUGGGAAAUUUGUAAUUAGGCCGGCUUCAGAUGUUCUUCUGAUACUCGCAAUUCCUGCUCUUUUUAUUUUCCUUUUUUCCAGCGUGAGCUAAAACUUUGACCUUAUAAUUUAGUCGCCUUAUUUGCACUCCUAUUUCCUCCAUCUGAUUUGCCCGUAUCAAAAAGAAAAGAUAUCAGCUGCUUAAAGUGAACUGUUUAAAAAUGACAUCUUGCGCUUGGUACCAUUUAAUAAUAAUAAUUAAUUAUUAAUGAUAUUGCAGGUCUGGAUCCUGCGAGACCUGGGUUUGACUUUGAUGACGGGCGAAUUAGACUGGACCCGACUGACGCAAUGUUUGUCGACGUCAUUCACAGCGACAUAAGGAAUGGUGCCAUCGAUAGCUCUUUAGGACUCCAGCGUCCCUGUGGUCACGUGGAUUAUUACCCCAACGGUGGGAUAGAGCAGCCGGGAUGUGCAACUUCUCACGUCGUUGGAGGUGUUCAAUCCUCUUUUAAUUUCGUUUUCUUUAGCGCUACCAUCAUUACGUAAAUAUUUACUUGAAAAAAAUAUACUGUGUCUCGAUUGCUUUAGUUGACAACAGUUUAACAAAACUUUAUUCAAUCAUUGUUUAGGUGCGGUCGAUUCCUUAUUGGACAGUGGUCAAGUCUCUUUACCAUGGAUGGUAGCCUGUAAUCACAUGAAAUCAGUGGCCUAUUUCACUGCCUCAAUCCAUAGCGCAUGCGCGUUCAAAGCUUUCCCAUGUGACAACUGGACGGAUUUUCAAGAUGGAAAGUGUCUCUCGUGCGAUGGAAAAUGCUCUGAAAUGGGAUACAACGCUAAAAAACAUCGCGGGAGCAAGCCUGUGCUAGCGUACUUGAAAACAGUAAAGCAGGCACCUUUCUGUGGUAGGACAUCAAUAAAGGUUGAAAAUUGCACAUCGUUAGAAUUUCAUGUUUGUCAUCUUUUAUUGUAUGGCUAUGUUUUGUCUUACAAAGUUUGGCUUUUGGUCCAUUUUGCAUGCUUUCUUUUAGUGGAGGGAAAAGUGUUUCCCUAAGGGAGGUUGUCGCCGAAAAAAAAAAUAGGUCCGCAAUACGAACAUGUGUGACUCCUAAAUUAAUUUUUUUACGCACAUUUAAUAAAUUAUGCUAAAAUGUGAACAAAAAAAAUUGGCAAUGGUAAAAAAAUCGGGCAUGAUGUUUAUAACUCAAUGAGCAAUGAAUUGAAACAAGAAUAUAUCAUCUCUAGAUUGAAAGGUAUAAUGAGUACAGCGGACAAUAAUAUUAAACAUUGGAAUAAAUUGUUUUCGAAGCUGAAUCGAUAGAGGUUGUUUUGUUCUUCUUUUCAUUAAUUUCUUUAUUCGUUUUUAUCUUUUUUAGUCAGCGACAAUUAUUACCGGGUUGUCGUCCACUCAAAAGCUGGGUCUAACCUGUUCUCGAUCUCCAGCAUUAUUAACGACAGAAUUUCUGUCAAGCUCAUUGGAAGCAAGGGGACUGUGGAAACGGUCCGUCCAAGGUGAGGAGACUAGGAUCAAAAACUGACGUUUCAGCCACGUUAAUGGAACUCACGAGGAGAUAUCGUCCUCAACUUAACAGGCCAAGAGCAGCAACAAUAUUUUGUGACAACAGAUUACUUUGUAAAAACAAAUAUUGAUCACAGCUGAAAGAAAAAAUGGAAAAAUAAAUGGCUGCACAGAGACUGUACACUUUUUUUUUUUCGCCAAGAGCCAGUCAUCCGAUGCAUCGACUACUAAAACUUUACAUCUAUUACAUUGUUACUUGGUUCAUUUGUUAACCUCCCACUCGCUCUUUUUCAGAAGUUUAAAAAACGGAAAGAAUAGUUUUGUGCUUUCAUCUGCUCGUGACGUUGGAAAACUGCGAUCUGUCCAAGUCCAACUUAAUGGAUACGGCUCCUUCCUGAAGAAAGUUGUCGUGCACUCCAGGGCGACGAACAAAAGGUGAUAGCAAAUAAGAACGUCUUGACCAACCUUGAGAGACAAAUGUUGGUUACAGCUUUAGAAAUUAUUUAUCAAAGCUUGCUAUAAUAUGGCCGAAACUCUUAACUGAUCUUGUAUUCUUGAGAAGUAAGACGCAAUCCUUUCAUUGGAAAAACCUUGAUUCCAAUGCCCACAUGGGAUGCGGGGAGGGGGGGGGGGGGGGGGAAGGUGGAAGUGGGGAAAGCCCAGAAUCCUCGCACCCCCUCCCUGAAUCUGUUACUGAAGAUUUCAUGACGAAGAUUGUGAAAACGUCGCUUUAAAAAUUAGCUUUCACUUCUCCUGAGAAUUUCGCGAAUUUGUCUACAUACAUUGUCUCCAGCAGUAGGAGAUUUUUCCUCCGGCAUAAUAUGAGGAUGCAGCAUUGAAUUCGAAAUAGAAGCGUGAAUGAUUUUCCUUCGGGUUCCCGUUCUCUGAUUUCACAAAUACGAUGGAAUCGCUGGUUGCUGGUUGGCAGCUGGUUGGCAGCUAGUUGGCAGCUCGCUUAUGAAUAGUGGCUAGCGGGAGGAACUACUAAACAUUAUAUCAGCUUUCGAGAGUACGUUGACUUUUUUUUUAUCAAGAGUUAGGUGUUGUUCAACAUUGGUUUUUUUUUCCUCUCCUUUCCAGAUACACUGCGUGCUUUAGGAAACAACUGGGAGGCUACUUCUCAUAUCUGAUAUCUUUUAAUUACACCCGAACCUUCGUGGAAGGGAAACACCACCAUUGUUGAAAAGGUAUAAUUGACAGUAUUUUUCACGUUCAGAAUUCUGUGGAUUGUUUAAGGUUGAAUCACGCUAUUUUCAAAUUUGAAAUUAUUUCUUUCAUCUUUUUAUUUCCAGGGUAAGGAAUGGCUAUAGGAACAAACCAAGCGUGUAACGAGGCUAAACGAAGCCUCAGAACACGAAGAUUGUGUAGCUACUGCUAUCAUCACACCAGCUUUUCAAUCUAGCAUUUUACAAGUCAGCUUACAUCUCUUACUUUAGGCGAUUAUAGACGCUACAAUGUAAUCCCUGAUAUAACCAAACAAGUUUGUUGAGGGAAGAAAUAGUUUCAGUAAGAGGGAUCGGGAAGGGGUUUUUUAAUUUCAAUUUUUUUCUAAUACAUUUAAUUUCAUAUUUUCUUGUUUAUUUGUUUCUAAUAUAAUACUUAACUCAAGCAACUUCAAACACGUUUUCGUUUUUUACGUUAUUUUCUCAAUAAAGAAAAUGACGUAUAUAGUGAAACUAGUUUUCUACUAACUGAACAUGUAGGAGAGGGUAACAUAUGGGUGUGACAAAGGGGGGGGGGUCUAUAUUCAUGGGAGUUCCCCCUUAGUUUUCAGAAAGUGAUAGUAGGUUAUGAUAAGAAUGGACUUGUCAUGGUCCUCAAAUAUCAGCAAGACACAAGUGUGGGACCCUCCCACCACACUCAUACCUCCCCUAUUGAGAAAAAUCUUCUGCUUGAGCACUAGGUAACGGCUACCUCAUAGUUGACGCAAAUAUCAAUACCUUAAUGUUUCUAAAGAG